AUGGAGGAGGCCGCGGGCCGCGAGGCCGGGGACCGCGUGCCCGGCGCCCCCGCGCGCGCGCCCAGCGCCCCGGAGCUGGUGGCGGCGGCGCGGCGGAGCCUGGGCCCGGGCCGCCGGCGGGGCCGGGGGCCGCCGCGCGCCGCCUGCCUGCACCUGGCCGCGGAGGUGCUGGCCGUGGCCCGCGGGCUGAAGCCGGCGCUGCUGUACGACGGCGGCGGCGCGGGCGAGGCCGAGCUGCGGGGCUACCUGGAGGCGCUGCGCGGCCUGGGGCUGCCCACGCAGCGGCUGCACGUCCUGGACCUCGGCGAGCACCGCCUGGUGCUCAGCCCCGAGCGCGCGCGGCAGCACCUGGAGCUGGUGCGGGCCGGCGGCGUGGCCUUCGUGGACGUGUCGGGGGCGCAGCCGCACGCCGCGCUCUGCUCGCUGGACCAGCGGCCGGACCUGCGCGCGCUGCUGGCCGAGCUGGGCGCGCACCUGCGCGGGCUGCGCCCCGGCGUGAGCGGCAGCCGCCUGCGCCCGGCCGACUGGAGCCUGUGCGCGCUCUUCGGCGUCCUGCUGGGCUACCCCGCGGCCUACACCUUCCGCCCGGGCCAGGGCCCGGCCGAGGCCGAGCCCGGCUGCCUGGCGCUGGUGCCGCUGCGCGUGUUCUCGGCGCGGCUCCGCUGGCCGCCGGCGGGGCUCGAGCUCCUGCUCUGCUCCUUCAGCGUCCCCGAGCGCCUGGUGCCCGCGCUGGGCGGCGCGCUGGGCAGCUGGGAGCGGGAGCUCCGGGCCCGGUGGCGGGCGCAGAGCGACUUCGCCGACCUCAGCAUCUCGUCCGAGGUGGUCACGCUCCCCGCCGUGGCCCUCUGACCCGGCCCGGGGGCGCGGGGGGCGUGGAGGGGGCCCCGGGCGUGCCUGGCCGCAGCGCGCACUGGGGCACGAGGUCGGAGGGCGAGUCGCGGGCCGUGCGUGCUGCGGAGAAGGAA